AUGAAAGGAAUUGAUGAAGUAUAUAAAGUUGAGGGAUUGAAUGAUGAUGAUGCUCUGCAUUUGUUCAGUUUGAAUGCUUUGAAGGAGAAGUAUCCAAGGAAAGAUAUAAUGGAGCUAUCAAAUAAAGCUGUUAAAUACGCUCAUGGCAAACCCUUGGCAAUUAAAGUUAUUGGUUCUUUUCUAUUUGGCAGAACAGAACAAUAUUGGGAAAGUGCACUGGAUAAACUUGGAAAAAUUCCUCAGCCUAGAAUUUUUCAUGUGUUGAGAAUAAGUUUUGAAGUGCUAGAUGAUGAAGAGAAAAGUAUAUUUCUUGAUAUUGCAUGUUUUUUUAGGGGGCAGCAAAUUGACUUUGUAGAGAGAAUACUAGAUGGUUGUGGUUUCUUAGCAGGAAUUGGAAUUACUGUUGUUGAUAAAUGCCUUGUCACUGUCCUACAUAACAAGUUGAAAAUGCAUGACUUGUUGCAGCAAAUGGCUCAUGAAAUUGUUCGCCAAGAAUCUAUUAAUGGGCUGGGAAAACGCAGUAGAUUGUGGAGAUCUUGUGAUGUCUGUCAAGCGUUAACAAAAAAUCUCUUGAGAGCCAUAUGCAUUCUAUAUGGAACUGAAAGGGUUGAAGGGAUAUGGUUAGACAUCUCAAAUAGGAGAAGUGGACUUGAUUUCAACAGCCUUUUUGAGGAUUUUACUGAGAAUGCGGAUAGUUAUGGACAGGAGUACAGUUUGAAAGAGAUUAACCUUAGAAAUUCUGAGCACUUAUCUACAGUGCCUGACCUCUCUCUGGCUAAGAUUCUCGAGAUUCUAGCUGUAUCUACCCCCAUGGAAGGUGUUCUUAUGACUUUUCCUGCUUUUGGGAUAGGUGUCCCUAAUGGAGCACUGGUCCCCCAGAUCAAUUCUUUGAGGAAAGCGAUUUGA